UUUUUUACGGUUAGUUAUUUUACGAUAAUUAAUGAGUUUUUUACGAAAUGAGAGUGAAAAACUUCUAACACCGUUGUGAUAAAAAACAAUCGAUUCUUUGCAAAAAAGCCAAUGGCAUUGAACACCAUCUUCUCAAGUGUUUAUACCUGAAAAUGUGCAAUCGCCCAUUGUCUCAAACCACAAUUAUUCCCCUACAAGUGUGAGAAAUGACAUAAAACACGUGAGGUUGCCUCAACUUAUACAGAAAAAACGGAAUUCCGCUUGCUUGUCAUUGUUUAGAACAGAAUGCAACUCUUUGAGUAAAAUGGCAGCGUCUGCUACGGCUAUUGAGGAGUUCCUGGGGGGUCCCCUAGUUACCUGGCUUGCAACUUGUGUGCGGAAACCGGAAACGCUGCAAGUUUACGAUACUUUUUUUGAUGGCAGUCCCAUCACAGAAGUGCUCUUACAAAUCGACCCUGAGCCCCCACAGCCAGUGCCUUCGCUCUCCAACUUCCAGGGCGUCAAUAUCACCUUUGCCAGGAUUAAGAUAUUCAACAGCAUCGUGCGCAACAUCAAGAACAUCUAUGAGGAAGAGUUGGGGCAAAUUGUGGUCUCCUUGCCCGACUGUGUGGCCUUAGGACGUUCCCCUGCAUCUGAAACUUCCUUAGAACAGUUAAAACUCCUCGUUCUUUUGUUGCUUGGCUGUGCUGUUCAAGGGCCAACAAAGGAACACUUUAUUUUAAAAAUCAAAGAACUUCCAGUCGAUACACAGCAUGAUAUUGUCGAGUGUAUCAAGCAGGUCACUGAUGACCAAACAAUUGUUCUCACUUUGGAUCAUUCGGAACAUUCGUCCCAAAAAUUAUACAAUCAUAUUCGUACUCUAACGAGUGAAAGAGACAAAUUAUUGAGUCAAUGGAUGUCAGAUCUGGGCCAAGAAAUACCACUUAAUGGCCCAAGUAGUUCAGCUGUUGAAGUUGUAGAAUCGAAUCAUUUGGCUGUGGAAUUGGCCGAUUGGAAGGCCAGAUUAAGGAAACAGCGGCAGGAGUUGGAGGAAAAAACCGAGUUGUUGGCAGAAUGUCGCGAGGAAUUGGAACAUGCCAAUGCCCUAGUUUCGAAAUUAAAAACCGAGAAUAGUGACUUGAUGGUGGAGGCGCGUCGCGCCAAAGUCUACCAAGAUGAAAUGGACGCGAUGCGUGAACGUGUCGAACGCGCUGAUCGUCUAGAAUCUGAAAUACAACGUUACCGUGAACGACUAGCUGAUGCCGAAUUUUACAAAGUUCGAGUCGACGAAUUACGCGAAGAUAACCGAGUUCUUUUGGAAACUCGCGAAAUGUUGGAGACACAACUUGCCAGAGCGAGGCAAAGGGCCGAACAUGUGCUCGAACUCGAGGCCGAGCUUUUGGCCAGUAAACAAAAUUUUAACGAAGUUUUACUCGAACGAGACGCUGCCAAAGAAAAAAUCCAAGAACUCAUCGACGAAAACCUCCAAUUACAACAAGUAACAAAAGCCGCCUUGCAAGAAACUAGUACUUUAAACGCUGUUGACUCAGAACACGAUGAGACAAAUUCAGGCGAUAAUAGUUUAUCGGAACAACUCACAAAUAACGCUCAAGCACGUGCCUUGAAACUCGAACUCGAAAAUAAAAAAUUAUUAUCAACGAUUGAUUCGCUCAAAGAGCGAAGUUUUCACGAAAACGCCAAUAAACUUCUCGACUUGGAAAAAGAAAAAAAGAAACUGAUUCUAAAAUGUGACCAAUUGCAAGAAAACUGCGACCGAUUAACGCAACAAAACGAAGAACUUGAAAAUCUGUUCAAAAACGCCAUGCAAGAAAAUCGCAAAUUACAAGACAAUAUAGAUACGAUUAAAGUCCUGUCUGAGCGACACGUCCAAGAUUUGCAAAGUGAGCGUGGCAAGGUCUCAGAACUCGAAAAAAAUAUCGAAUCGUUAACUAAGGAGAAACAAAGGGUUCAAGUGUUGUGUGAUACGAUCAAGAAAAGGGCAGACAAUGCGGAAAAAUCCCUAGGGCAAAUAUCGGAUCAGUUGCAAGCGGCGCAAACGCAGGUGCAACAAUUGGCGCAACUGGAGCAACUGUCAAACGAACAAAAAGACAAAAUAAUCGCCCUGGAGAAAGAAAACUCAAACGUGCAAAAAGACGUCAUCAAGUUCAAAGAGUUGCUAGAAACCAAAGACGUGAAACUGGACGAAGCCCUGGUUCAAUCGAAAAAACAGGAAAAAGAUGUGCAAAAACUAACAAAAGAGAUUGAAAACUUGCGAUCGCAAUUGGAAAAAUUGCAGGAAUUCGAACAGAAAGCGCAAGAAUUGUCGUCACAAACGUCCGUUUUCCAGGAAACUAUUUCCACGUUACAGAGAGAUUUGAUCACCGAGAAGCUAAAUAACGAGAAAUGUAAAAAUAAUCUUGAGAAAAUUUCGCUCAGUUUGGAGAUUCUUGACAGUGAUGUUGAUACGAUUGUGGGGCAUAUGUUGAAUAAUGCGAAGAUAAAAAAAUUGCUGUGUUCUGAAAAUUGUCAGAAGGAGCAAAAUUUGGGGAAUAAACAGGACGAGAAUGUUGUGGCUGAAUGCGAGAAAUUGAAAAUUGAAAUUUUGAAUUUUCAAAAUUUCAAUGAAGCUCUUCAAGCGGAAAAUGCGAAAUUGCAGGUCGAUAUUGCGACGUUAAAAUCGCAAGUGCAUUCGCUACAAACGCAACAAACGGCCUUACAGUUGGCUAAUAGUCAAUUGGUGGCGGAAAAGGACGAGCUGUCCAAACAGCAAAAAAUACAAAACACCCAACAUGACACGUUACUCCUUGAUCAAAUAACGCUCCGUUCGUUGCACGAGCAAUUAACCACUGAAUACGAGCAAUUAAAAGCCGAACAAGAACUCCUGAAAAAACUCAAUCGUGAUCUAAGAUCCGAAGUUCGUACUUUAAAAGAGGCAAAUUCGGGCCAAAAAGAGCGAAUUUCGGGUCUUGAAGCUGAAAAAGAGUCGCUGAAAAAUGGGGCAAAGACUUUGGGAGUUUUACGAGCGGAGCAUUCGAAAUUAAAGGACGAUUUUCGUAAUUUGUUUACGGCAAGUGAACGGUUAAAAGUUGAGUAUAGGAAUGUUCAAGAGGAGUUGAAAAAUGUCAGGACUGAAUCUAGAACGUUACGAUUGGGACAAACUGAAAUGCAAGGAGAAUUGAAUUCGACGUCUGAUCUUGUCGCUGGUUUGCAGUUGGAAAAUGCCAAGUUGCAGCAGAAAUGUGAUAUGCUUUUCGAGAUGAACCACUCGUUAGAUUCCGACAGACGUGCUUUAAUGGAUCACGUGUCCCAACUCCUUACCCAAUAUCAUUCAUUACUCACUCAUUCGCUCGAAGAUAAACAACACUUCCACCUUGAAGAAAAACUCUACACAGACAAAGUCAAUAAUCUCUGUAGACAAAAAGAAAAACUCGAAGAAAAAAUAAUGGAACAUUAUCGUAAACUGGACAACGCCUCGUGCAAAAAGAAAGGUUUUGGGGCAACUUUGGUGCGAAAAGUCCGAAAAGCCGGUUCAGAUAUCAUUAAUAAAGUUCCAAGCAGAAAUCGUCGAUCGUGGCAUGAGGACGUUUCCCGUCUCACUCAAAGCCAGUUCACUUUAGGUGGAGGAGGUUCGGGAGAAUCAGCAGGAAAUGAUUCAGAUAAUAGUAACGAAGAAACAAACACCAAAAGUGAACCAACAUUUAAAAGAUCAACUGGAGGUAGUUUACACGGACAUCGGCCCAGAGAUGAGGUCGCUUUGCGCAGGUCGCAUCGCGAAGCCACCCUUCAUAGAAACAGCAUAGCAGGUGACGAGAAUUUCGCCCGUGAGCCUGAAGGUUCGCUCAGUUUGGGUUCAGUUGGUUCCCGAAGAACUGUCUAUCUGUCGGAGGAUGAGCCGAAUACGGUGGCGCCCCCAGCACAGCCGCCUUUGCUCGUCUACAACAGGAUAUCAACAGUUGUGGGCGAAGUACCGCGUUCGUCUGCCCAACAAAAGUCGGAAACUGCAGCUAGUAAGGAAAAUCAGGAGAAGAAAGACGUGGAGAAUUGUAAAGAGACUGCGGUUUGGUACGAAUACGGGUGUGUGUGAAGAUUCGAAGACAAUAAUUAUACACUUUAACGCAUUUAUAUUUAAUGUUUAACUCACCAAUUUAUUACUAGGUAUUCAAAACUCGACAAAAGUUACGCUUAUUUUUCAGCGUUUUCGCAACGGAUUUCACAAGAGUAUAUUUUUUACUUUGCCGAUUUUAACUAUUUAUUAUAUUUAUUGUAAAUAAAGAGUGAAUUUCA